GACGAGCAGCAACCACUUUUUGAUGAAUGACAUUUUGGGAUAGAAAGGAUGCACGGGUCAUUUUGAGCAGCCAUUCGUUGCUCGCGUUGGCAUCUUAUAUUUCUGCGUCUCGCACAUAAAAGGUGUUUUAUUAUUUAAAGACAGUUGCUGAGUUGACUGCGGAUUAGCUCCGCCACAGUCAUCGGAGCACUAUCCCUGGGAAUUUUUCCUUUUUUGCUUUAAGACUUAAUGAUGGACAGGAUAAGAAAGGAGAUGAUUCUGAUGGAAAGGGGUCUGCACAGCCCAGUUUCUGGCAAAAGACUCUCAGAAUCUGGAAAUUCGGUAUUGGAGGCCCUUGAAAAUUCUCAGCACAGUGGUCGACUAAGCCCGAGAAUAACUUCCGCUUCUCUUCAUGGAAGUCUCGGGGAUAUUCCAACCAAAGGCAAGUUCGAAAUCGACAGUCUCUUCGGUAACCAUCAUAACAGCGAAAAUACGUCGUCAGGGGAGAUUUCAUCGUCAGAAAGCCGUAAGAAAAUUAGCUUAUAUCCAGAAGUUUCUCAAGAUUCCGACAUUAACAGUGAUGUGGAGGUGGGAUGCCCAUCGCAUCGCUCCCCGAGCCAACACAAGGAAAACAAUAACAAAGGGUUUUCUGACAAUAUGUCUGGAGGGUCCAAUACAAGUUCAUCUUCGCUUUCCAAUCUUAACGGUAAUUCUAUGGGAGGCCCAAACAGUUCUAAUGCGGAUCAAGUCAGAAGAUAUCGGACUGCUUUCACCAGAGAACAAAUAGGACGACUGGAGAAAGAAUUUUACAGGGAAAAUUAUGUCUCGAGGCCAAGAAGAUGCGAACUGGCUGCAGCACUGAAUCUACCUGAGACUACUAUUAAGGUCUGGUUCCAGAACAGACGGAUGAAGGAUAAGAGGCAACGUUUGGCGAUGUCUUGGCCCCAUCCAGCAGACCCAAGCUUUUACACCUACAUGAUGACGCACGCGGCAGCCACCGGAAGUCUACCAUACCCUUUCCAUUCUCACAUGCCUCUGCACUAUUACCCGCAUGUUGGUGUCACAGCAGCAGCCGCUGCCGCAGCUGCGUCUGGUGCCGCCUCGUCACCUUUCGCCACCUCCAUCCGCCCCCUUGAUACUUUCCGUGCACUCUCCCAUCCUUACUCGCGACCAGAACUUCUCUGUAGCUUCAGGCACCCAGGACUUUAUCAAUCACCCGCGGGCCUCAAUAGUUCUGCGGCAGCAUCAGCGGCAGCGGCAGCAGCGGCGGCGGCGGCAGCGGUCAGCGCGCCAUCAGCCGCUGGGCCUUGUUCAUGUCUCAGUUGUCAUAGCAGUCAGGCAGCCAGUGCUCUAGGCUCCAGAAAUGCUAAUGCUGACUUCACCUGCACGGCGUCCGGGCAAAGAUCCGAAAGUGGAUUUUUGCCUUAUUCUGCCGCUGUUCUCAGCAAAACCUCAGUACCAUCCCCAGAUCAAAGAGAAGAGACUUCGCUCAACAGAUAACUGAUUGGAACAAAUCACAAGACUCUCAUUACGGUUUUUUUCAUUCUACCAUGCGUAUGUAAUUAGAUACAUCAAGGCCUAGUUAUGGCCUAUAUUAAGGUAGGCAUAAACAUCGUGCUCAUUUCGAAAUAGUACCACAGAUUGUUCCCUCAGUUAACUGUGUUUAGUGGCCAUUUACGCUGACUGUGACAUAUACGAAUAAGUUUGACAUUUUAGCUGCCAAAUUGAAGAACACUGGUAAGUCAAUAAUUUUAAAUAAUUUAAAGUUUGACCCUUGGUGUGGAUGUUCAAAUUAAUUUUUAUUCACAACUGGAUCCAUGUGCCUUAAAACCUAGAAAUAACUAGGCAAAUCCAAACCCAUAUGUUGAAAUGAGUUAGGACCUAUCCAUUUAUGGAGGCUGGAUACUCCUGUGAGCCUAAAUAUUUUAUUCAUUUUUAAUUGUAAAUAAAACCCCAUUCAAUGGUGUGAUAUUUGCUUAGCCCUACUUUAAAAUAUAAUAUUGCCAACAUCUAAAACAAACCCAGUUAUAUCUUGGUAUUAAGGCAUAAUGUAAUGUUUUUGUUGUCUACAUUUUGAGUUGACGCUUUUAAGUGUAUAGUCUCGUUAUCACUGUAUAUGGAAUCAGAUUUAAAAUAUGCCACCUCAACGUACACCCAUGGGUCUGUAAUGACCCUGUUCUCACAGCUCGAGGGACACCCCUAAUUUUCGAGAGAGGUGAACACAAUGUUUCACCGCUACCAUUGUGUCAAUUCUGAUGUUAAUAAUGAGAGGAUUAUGAGGAAAAUUGCCAAUCAUGUACCUAGACGGAGCUCCUUUGAAUGCAGAAUUGUAAGAAACGUCCUCGUUCUGAGACCCGCUGUCAAGUGCUAACAACCCGCCGAGGGAAGUCAUUAGACGAGACAGAUAAAAUACUUGGAACAUAAAACAUUAUUCUUGGUGCAUAUUGUACAGUAUUAAAUGUGAUAUUCGUUACAUGGGAAGGUUUUUAAAAAUAUCCUUCAUUCCAUACAGAGCCCCAUCUCCAAUUUUCGUCUCGGUAACUUAGACAAAGGCCCUUAGACAUUUCGUGUUAUAUACAUCGUUUCUUACAUUCUGAUGCUACGCUGAUGCGAGCAACCUCAUUAAAUCAAAACUGGUAUUUCCAUACUGUGAUCCCAAAAGGGGCCCUUCACUCAACACACCCGGUAAUGGGACUAUCUGAACAAGCCGAAAGUUCAGACGAAUAGCUCUCUAUUAUCUGUUUGCAUUGGCUGUAUUUCUACUGUUCUUUCCUUCAGUUUGGAAGACAGUCAUCGUUUAAUAAUUACAGAACAUGUAAGUUGUAAAUGGUGAAAUAUUUUGCAUACAUUCUGUAUAGUCUCGUUAUUAAUAGUUUUUAAACCAAAAUAUUGUCCAUCCUGGAUGCUCUAGCUGUGACGAGUGAAUGACGUUUCUUAACAUUUUAUUUAGAGUUUGUGACGUGUUGGAUGUUAUUUUUUAAUUCAAAUGUUAGGUACACUGGAUGUUAAAUAUAGGCUACACCAAUACCACUAUUAUUUCAAACAAUGCAUUUGUAGGCAAACUUGUUUUAUAUGACUACUACUCACCUACAAGCCAAAUGGAUAGGUAUUGAAUUUUGUGCUAAAUAUCAGCCCAUAACUUCAGGAGGAGAUGGCAAACGGUUUCGAAAAGGGCUGAUAAAUGAUAAAUAAAAUAUCUUAUGUUUGAAGGAUGAAAAUGUAAUACUGGUGUAUUGCCCUUUGUCCCAAGGGUACCUGUGAUAUAUGGAUCUGUACAUUAUAUCUCUGUAUGUAAAAUAUUACCAGUACGAAUUUACAUAUUUUAACUUGAGGAAAAA